UUGAACGCGGCAGGAAUGGUGGCGAGAACUUCUUCGGGUCCGCAAGUCGGGCCGGGAUUCGAGGAGUUUCUGAAGGAGCACCGAGUCGCCACUUUCGACCAGUGGCCCUUUGCCUCCGGCUGCUCAUGCACUCCAGACCGGAUGGCAGAAGCUGGAUUUAUUCACUGUCCUACUGAAAAUGCACCCGACGUGGCCCAGUGCUUCAUAUGUUUUAAGGAGCUGGAAGGAUGGGAGCCAGAUGAUGACCCUAUGGAAGAGCACCGGAAACACUCCCCCAACUGUGCAUUUCUGGCUCUCCAGAAAGAUAUUAAGGACUUGACAAUACAAGAGUUUAUGAGACUUUGCAGAGAGAGAAUGAAGGCCUUGAUCAGAAAGGAAAUUAACCAGAAAAUUAACGACUUGGAAAAACGUGCUGAGAAGACAUGUAAUGCAAUUCAAUUGUUGCGUAUGUAACAUUCCCAGUGUACUAUCUCCAUUGAACACAAUGGGGCUUAAACAUGCAGAUCAGUCCCUUUA